ACACAGUACGCCAAAUGUGGCUGCAGCGGACGAAGCCACUUCAUGCGCUCAAAAGGCACAUACCUAGGUAACAUGAGUGUCGCCAAAGUCUAGGUCCAGAAAAGGUUCUCGUACAUGCGCUGGCAAGGACGCUUCCAAGAACGUGCUACAUAGAACAAAGCAUUGCCAGCCGAUUUUCAUUGAGGGGGGGGCUUAGCGCCGUGCUACCGACCGGCAUCGUGGCCGUCCCACACAGCCUACGGUUCACGUAUCGGUACGGAACGAGGGCUUGUUCUAAGUAUCCGAAGAUGAGAUAAAUUCGGUCGUUCGUGUAUCUGCUCCAAUCAGAUGUCUUUCCUUCUAAUGGUCGUGGAUAAAUGCCAACCUCAACACCUCUCACCGAUUCAGAGCUUCGAUCCGAGUUACAAGUUGCAGAAACCCCACUUACUCCGCCCUUCUUUCUGAACCAGAUACUGCAUGGCAGAUGCAAAGUAUUGUUCUACCUGAAAAGCACAUUUGUAGCUCAUGCUAUCUUCGGUGUCUGGUCUGAUGCUACUGUGCAUCCAAAACUCAUCGAGCCUUGGGUCAGGCUGUGGACUCUUGAAUGUACUAAAUACCAGAUCAUAAGCAGACAUUGUUCUUCUUUGCAGGACCGAGUCCAGCUUAGACACUCACAUCCUCCUCAAUGUACAAUAAUGAUCGAAUAUUACGAUCUCCUAUUUAGCGAUGAUUUGUAUCAAAGUUGGCCCAACAAUGACAUUACCUAUCCAACGAUGAGAUCCUGCGAAGCGACAGUCAAACUCAUAGCUUCGUUAUGUACUACAAGGGAUUUUCUACGAUGCCGACACUAUGUUAUCUGCCCGUCUUGGUAUCCCUUGUUUCCUGACUCGUUAUCACCUUCGUCGUUUUCCGCACAGCCCAAUCGCUGCUAGCCGGUUUCUGCACUGGCAGGAAUUCUUCACUACUGUCGUCCUUCGAAGGAGUUUCACCUUCCAACCAAUUCAGCCAUCUCUGGCUUGUGCUUAAUUCCAACUUGUUCCCUUGUCU